CGCCGGUGCCACCAACUUGUGUCUACGAAUAGCGGCAUCCGAAUGCCCAAAUGCCUCCCGGUUGAGACGAAUCUGGGACCGCCCUGCAGCCCUACUGCAAGGGCCGUGUUUGCUUCCCCAUGCAUCGUCUCACCUCUUCCAGCACCAUGGCCGCUCCAUUCACAAGGCAUUGUCUUCUGCAGCGCGCCCCAUUGAAGUCCCGAUGGACGUGGACAAACAAGCGACGCCUUCAUCUCGCCCCGCCGUUUCUGCUAGACGACUACACGCCACGAUAUCUUAGACUCUCAUCCCGGGACGCCGCCAAAAAGCGCUCGCUGGCCUAUGCCCACCUCCGCAACUGCAAUCUUUGCCCCAGACUAUGCGGCGUCAAUCGCUACGAAACCACUGGAAUGUGCCUUAUUGGCGAGAAAGCAAAGGUCAACGUCAUAGCGCCGCAUUUUGGCGAAGAACCGUGCAUCCAGGGGCACAAUGGCAGCGGCGCAGUAUUCAUGAGCGGGUGCAACAUGCGGUGCAUUUUCUGCCAGAACUACGACAUCUCGCACCAGCGUAAUGGAAUGGACCUUACCCCAGAGGAGCUGGGCCAGUGGUAUCUCAAGCUCCAGGAGGUGGGCAAUGUCCACAACAUCAAUAUCGUCACGCCGGAGCACGUCGUGCCGCAGGUAGCGUUAAGCAUCCUGCAUGCGGCUGAGCUGGGGCUGAGAGUUCCCAUCAUCUAUAACACCUCAAGCUACGACUCGCUAGCAUCUCUGGAGUUGAUGGAUGGGCUAGUCGACAUCUAUCUAGCAGAUUUUAAAGUUUGGAAGCCUAACACGUCCAAGAGGCUGCUCAAGGCAGAUGACUACGCAGAGACUGCCAAGGAGAGCAUCAAAGCUAUGCAUGAGCAAGUCGGCGAUUUGUGUUUCACCGGAGAUGGCAUUGCUAAAGUAGGUUUGCUGGUCAGACACUUGGUCAUGCCAGGAAAAGAAGCUGAAGGCGCGGAAAUCAUGAAAUUUCUGGCGUCUGAGGUAUCAACUGAUUGUUUCGUCAAUAUCAUGGAGCAGUAUCACCCCGACGCACAUGUUGGGAAGAGGAGAAAGCGAAGAAGAGCACUCCCAGCUGAAGGAGAGGAGAAGAGUUCAAAUCUGUCAGAAGACACAUACGAGGAAGUUCGGUAUAGCGAUAUCAAUCGAUCAGUCACAAGUGAAGAAAUCUCAUCCGUGCGCGAAGCCGCUAUGGGAGCUGGUCUGUGGCGGUUUUGCGACCCUCCAAAGCAUGAUGGGUUUGCCAUCUGAUAGCAAAGCCCAUGUACAUAUGUACAUACACGUCUGGAUCUCUAAUUAUACCGCACUCGGUGCCUAGUUCGGCUACGAGCAUGAAUGCUGUAUCGUCAAUGCUUUCAUCCCAUCCUUUUUUUAGUCUAAUUCACACUCACCGAACCAAUGGUGCGCAGGGAUUGGUGAGGGUCGUUAUCUGCGAUUUUAGGUACUGUUUUAGUCGAAAAUAGCAGUAUGUAUCUAUUUCGAUCUUGUCUUGAGUCUUAUUCGAAGGAGGGAAGCGAUGAGAGCACGGCGCAGAAAACGCCACCAUAAUGCCAUGUUGGUUGGCAUUGCCAGUCUGGUCGGAGAAGACCAAUUCAAAUAGUCAAGGCGCAUGUUGGUGGCGGCGGUAGUGGCAUUAAACAUGGUCUCAAAACAAGCAAGCAAGCCUAGGCCCAGGAUCCGAGGCCAUUGCGCCGGCUUUUGGCUGAACUCUCGUCAGAACAAUAGUUUCGAAGCGAC